CUGCCCAGAGCCUCUGCAUCAGCCAACAACAGCGCCACCACGGGACUCGCGCAUCUUCAGGCAGCGCAAACACAUGGCGAGGAUACUCGUCGAAGCGCCCGCAGGCUCGGGCUCGCCGGAGGACUCCAUCAACUCGGACAUGAUCCUCAUCCUCGCCGGCCUGCUCUGCGCGCUGGUCUGCGUCCUCGGCCUGGGCCUCGUCGCCCGCUGCGCGUGCUCGUGGCGCUGGGCCACCGAGUCCGGCCGGGCGCAGCCGGGCGCCGCCAAAGCCGCGAACAGGGGCGUCAAGAAGGAGGUGCUGCGCUCGCUCCCGACCGUCACGUACGUCUCCGACAGCGGCAAGGCGGAGGGAGGGGCCGACGAGUGCGCCAUCUGCCUCGCCGAGUUCGAGGGAGGCCAGGCCGUGCGCGUGCUGCCGCAGUGCGGCCACGCGUUCCACGCCGCCUGCGUCGACACGUGGCUGCGCGCGCACUCCUCCUGCCCGUCCUGCCGCCGGGUGCUGGCCGUCGACCUGCCCCCCGCCGAGCGGUGCCGCCGCUGCGGCGCGCGCCCCGGUGCCGGUGCCGGCAUCAGCGCGCUCUGGAAGGCGCCCACGCGCUGCAGCGCCGAGGGGCCGACGUUCUUGGCGUAGUGCCGUGCGCACUCGAUACAGGAAUUGAACCGACGCGCAGUCUCAGUGAUGAACUUGUGUUUUUUUUUAGCCUGGUAGGUUUCACCUUUUUUAGGUGUGUGUAGUGAUUAGCUCAACGGUGUUCUGGACAAGCAUCAAGAUGUGUGUACCUGAUUGGUGUAUACAAAUUGUCCCUGUAAUUUAUCUGUACAUAUGCAAAUGCAAUGAUCGAAAGCUUGGAGUUGGUUGC